GAGUGAAAGCGAGGAAAAGAAAAAAAACUGAAAAUAUAAUGAAAGAAAAACUAAAAUAAUUCAGUUCUGGUAAACCUUUUUUGUCUUCAAAUGUGAUAACGAAGCAGCCAUGAAAGAUCCUUUCCAGCAAUCGCCGCCUUUAAAUCCAAGAUUCGUCUCCAUUUUCCCAUUUCAACUGUCUUUGAAGCUCGAGCUCUUGUCAUUGUUUCAUGGGCAACACAUGCCGAGGAUCUUUUGGGAGCAAAUACUUACAGGGCUUCAGCCAGCCCGGUGAUCCAACGAUCUCUACGCGGAACACUUUCGAGUCUUCGAUUUCUGAUCAUUCGAACACGCAGCAGCUGAUCACUGACGAAUUCGCCAAAGAAAAUCAAAAGAAGGAUCAUCAUAGCCCUACCGAAAAGGACCACAGCAUGAGGCGAGGGAUCGAUAACCAGGCUUAUUACGUAUUGGGUCACAAGACUGCUAACAUCCGUGACAUGUACACGUUGGGUCGUAAGUUGGGUCAAGGACAAUUCGGUACUACUUACUUGUGCAUAGAGAUUGCCACUGGUAUCGAAUACGCUUGUAAGUCUAUCACAAAGAGGAAGCUGAUCUCUAAGGAAGAUGUGGAGGAUGUCAGGAGGGAAAUUCAGAUAAUGCAUCACCUUGCCGGUCACAAGAACAUCGUUACCAUCAAAGGAGCUUAUGAAGAUUCACUCUAUGUUCAUAUCGUGAUGGAGCUCUGUUCCGGGGGUGAAUUGUUCGAUCGUAUCAUUCAGAGGGGACAUUACAGUGAGAGGAAGGCAGCUGAGUUGACGAAUAUCAUUGUGGGUGUUGUCGAGGCGUGUCAUUCCCUUGGGGUUAUGCACAGGGAUUUAAAACCAGAGAACUUCUUGCUGGUCAACAAGGACGAUGAUUUCUCCCUCAAAGCCAUUGAUUUUGGGCUCUCUGUCUUCUUUAAACCAGGUCAAGUCUUUGCUGACGUGGUCGGAAGCCCAUAUUAUGUUGCUCCUGAGGUACUUUGCAAGCAUUAUGGGCCAGAAGCAGAUGUAUGGACGGCAGGGGUGAUACUCUAUAUACUGCUGAGUGGUGUGCCACCUUUUUGGGCCGAAACACAGCAGGGAAUUUUUGAUGCAGUGUUGAAGGGAGUCAUUGACUUUGACUCAGACCCAUGGCCGCUAAUCUCUGACAGUGCUAAGGAUCUCAUCCAAAAGAUGCUCUGUUCUCAGCCCUCUGAUCGCUUGACUGCUCAUGAAGUACUAUGUCAUCCUUGGAUAUGCGAAAAUGGAGUUGCUCCUGACAGAGCAUUGGAUCCAGCUGUACUUUCUCGCCUCAAACAGUUUUCUGCGAUGAAUAAAUUAAAGAAGAUGGCUUUACGGGUCAUAGCAGAAAGCUUAUCUGAGGAGGAAAUUGCCGGUUUAAAAGAGAUGUUUAAGGCAAUGGAUACUGACAAUAGUGGUGCAAUCACAUUUGAUGAAUUAAAGGCUGGUUUGAGAAGAUAUGGCUCCAACCUUAAGGAGUCAGAGAUCCGUCAACUUAUGGAUGCAGCCGAUGUGGAUAACAGUGGGACCAUUGACUAUGGGGAAUUUAUCGCUGCAACUGUACAUCUUAACAAACUGGAGCGUGAAGAACAUCUCAUUGCGGCAUUUUCAUACUUUGACAAGGAUGGAAGUGGUUAUAUUACAGUUGAUGAACUCCAGCAGGCUUGCUCAGAACAUGGCAUGACUGAUGUUCCUCUUGAAGAUAUCAUCAAAGAAGUUGAUCAAGACAAUGAUGGUAGGAUAGACUAUGGUGAGUUUGUUGCUAUGAUGCAAAAAGGUAAUCCUUUUGUUGGAAGAAGAACCAUGCGGAACAGUCUGAAUAUGAGCAUGAGAGAUGCACCAGGAGCUCAUUGAAUUCUGAUCACGCGCAUCAUGAACAGGUAUCCUUCAAAUUCCUGUACCUUGUAAUGUCC